GUUCCCACAAUUCCCGCGAAAAGGUUCGAAUCAGCUUAGCGCGCUUUCUGCAAGUGUACCACAGUCGCGAGCAGAGCGACACGAAUCACAGGAGGCUUUCGUGUGUUUUGUUUUACGCGCUGUAACGAUACAGGGCGACACUGGAUUGACAUUUUCCCUUUCUCUUGGAUUACCUCUAAGCACUGACAUUUUGUUGCCUCUGUUCAGUUGAGGAUAUGUUUUGAACACGAUAUUCACAAGUGACACCGAACUCAUUCUGACAGCAUCCUUGUCUGUUGUGGAUAGUUUGGAUUACCAUUAAUUUCAACGAUGGAGAGCGACACACCAGAGCUCCGUCCCCAUUACAGGACCUUGGACGACUCUCGUCUCACGGCCGAUGAAAUGGACGAGCAACGGAAACUCAAUAUCGCAUACGAAUAUUUAUGUCACUUGGAGGAAGCUAAAGUAUGGAUCCAGGCCUGUAUCAAUGAAGACCUGCCACCAACCAUAGAGCUGGAGGAGGGGCUCCGGAAUGGCGUCAUUCUGGCCAAGCUGGGACGCUUCUUCUCACCACAAGUUGUCUCCCUUAAGAGAAUAUAUGACAGAGAACAGACGCGCUACAAGGCGAAGGGUCUCCACUUCCGACACACAGACAACAUCAACCAUUGGUUUGCUGCCAUGACCGAGAUCGGACUACCACAGAUAUUUUAUCCAGAAACAACAGAUAUUUAUGACAGAAAAAACAUGCCACGAGCUGUCUACUGUAUACAUGCACUGAGUUUAUACCUAUUCAAGCUUGGGCUGGCCCCACAGAUACAAGAUCUCUACGGAAAAAUAAACUUCACAGAGGAGGAGAUAAGCGCCAUGAGGCGGGAGCUGGAGAAGUAUGGGAUCCAGAUGCCGGCAUUCAGCAAGAUCGGUGGCAUCCUGGCCAAUGAGUUAUCGGUGGACGAGGCAGCAUUGCACGCUGCCAUCAUUGCCAUCAAUGAAGCCAUUGACAAACAGAAUGCCCCAGAUACAAUGUCGGCCCUGCAGAACCCCUCCGCCAUGUUGGUCAGCCUGGACACUGCCAGCAUGGACAGCUAUCAGCAGUUACUGUACGAUGCCAAGCAGACCAAGAUGGAGAACUCCAGGAACAGGAGCAUGGACACUGAGCGACAAUUUGAGCAUGACGUGUACGACGAACUACUGACACACGCAGAGAUCCAAGGAAACAUUAACACUAUCAACACAUCCUCAGCUGUGGGCCAUCUGCACGAAGCCCUCCUUAAGUCUGACCCUGCCCUGGUGCUGGCAGCCCUCAGAUCCUCCCACCUCGGACUCAAGAACAUCAAAGAUGAAAACAUCAUGUUUUACAUUGAGAAACUCCGGCAAGCUGCAGAGCUCAAGAAGAACAACAACAACGGGGAGGAGUCUGUGCUGGACAAAGAUGAGAUCCAGGCCGCCAUUGACCAGGCAAACCUUGAGGCUGACACCGAGUACCAGAAAUCCCAGGCACUCCUGUCCAUCAACUCCGCCAUCAAUAGCAACGACCCUGCCCUGCUGAUGAAGGCCCUACAGAACCCGUCUGCCCAGCUGCCGCCAGUCAUCCCGGGGGCGGCCAUGUUGUAUCUGGAUGAGUUCAGGAACAUCAGGACAGAUAAACAGGGUGACCUCGAACACGAUGAGAUUGCAUCAGCUAUCACAGUGCUGACUGCAGUGGCAUUGAUCAACCAGGCAGUGGACACCGGCAGUCCUGAGAACACCUUCAACGCCCUCUGCCAGCCAGACGCCCACCUUCUGGAGGUGGACGAGCACAAUAUGGAGAAAUAUCAGGACUGCUUGGCAGCUCAGAGGCACAGCAAGUCUGGGAGUCCAUGUGACCUGCUGACUCACCAUGAGAUCUCAACGUGUGUGGAGACCAUCCACCAGCAGGUACAGGAGGAACAUGAACGAAUCCUCGCUAUCAACAAGAUCAAUGAAGCCAUCACACGAGGGGAGCCAGAGGAUACACUAGAGGCGCUACAAACACCAUCAGCAAAACUGCGUGGCAUUGACGCCCGACAGGCGUACCACUAUCAGGCCCUGCUCCUCAAGGAGAAGCAACAGAAGGCAGAGGCAACUGACGACGAGGAUGCGGAGCUUUGGUUGGAGGAGAUUCAGCUGUGUGUGGAAAAGGCCAACAAGGAUGCAGAUGAGGGUGUCAAGAUUUCCUUGGGCGUGAAGAACAUCAACGAGGCCAUCAGGGCUGAAGACGUCGCCCAUCUACAGUCUGGUCUGACCAACUCGGAGGUGGGGCUCCACAGUGUCACGCCCGACUGCACGCCCACCUACAUGGGCAGCCUCAAGACUCUGCAGACCGAGAAGACAGAAGCUGGCGAGUGUGGCAGUGGCUGGAUAAUGAACAGGACACGGGAUGGGUCCAAGUUCUUCUACAACAUCAGCACUGGGGAGUAUGAAUGGUUCCGACAAGAUGGCGUGGUAAAGGAUCACAGCCUGCUUACAAAAGAAGAAAUUCAGAAAGUGAUAUCGGAGCAGACGGCAGCGUAUGACCGGGAGCUGCUGUUCAAGGCCAACGAGCCACGUGUCGUGAAGCUGCAGGCCAUGGUGAGAGGUCACCAGCAGAGGCUGAAAUACAAGGAGAGACAGAACUUCAUGAAGACACAGCUGCCAGCCAUUGUGGCAAUACAGUCCUGGUUCCGCGGAGGCAAACAAAGGCGCCAGUUCAAGGGUCGAUUGGACUAUCUCAACAGCAACGAAGAUGCUGCCAUCAAACUUCAGUCGUACGUACGGAUGUGGCGGGAGAGGAAGAAGUACCGGGACAGACUCAACUUCUUUAAAUCAAAUGAGGAUAAGAUCAUCAGGAUCCAGGCGUUCUUCCGGUCCAACCUGGCUCGCCAGGACUACAAGGCCCUGAUGCAAGACAGCAGCCCAUCCUUGUCUGUUGUGAGGAAGUUUGUCCACCUCCUUGAUGCCAGUGAUAAUGAUUAUGCUGAAGAACUGGAGUUACAGAAGCUUCGUCAGCAAGUGGUGUCUGAGAUCAGGUCCAACCAACAGCUGGAACAUGACUUAGACCAGAUGGACAUCAAGAUCGGUCUUCUCAUCAAAAACAGGAUUACACUGCAGGAUGUUGUUAAACAAAACAGAAAGUUGAACAUCUCGUCUGAGUCGUACAUGAAAGGUCUGAAGGCACUGAGUAAGGAGAGCCAUGAGCGCCUAGAGGCAUACCAGCACUUGUUCUACCUGCUCCAGACCAACCCUACGUACCUUGCCAAGCUCAUCUUCGAGAUGCCUCAGAGCCGCACCACCAAGUUCAUGGAGGCUGUCAUCUUUUCACUAUUUAACUACGGGUCGAAUCAGAGAGAAGAGUAUCUUCUGCUGAAGUUGUUCAAGACCGCACUGGAAGAAGAAAUAGCGUUCCUGUUAGGUGGCUCUAAGCGAAUAUCUAAAGUGGACAAGAUGACGGACAUUGUGACUGGCAACCCACUUGUUGUCAAGAUGAUUGUAGGGUUCAACAGGAACCAACGGGGUCAGAAUGCCCUGAGGGAGAUGCUGAACCCCCUCAUCACAGGGGUUGUGGAGGACAAGAACCUGCGCAUCAACACCAAUCCCAUCGAGGUGUACAAGGCCUGGGUCAACCAGACGGAGUCCGAGACAGGCAAGGCCAGGGGCCUGCCGUACGACGUGUCCACGGAACAAGCCCUGGAACACCCCGAGGUUCAGCAGCAGAUCCAGGAGUCCAUCAAACGUCUGCAGGACGUCUCCGACCGCUUCCUCAACAAGAUCCUCACCUCACUCGACAAGAUCCCAUACGGGAUGCGGUACAUGGCUCGGGUGAUGAGGGAUGCUCUUAUGAAGAAGUUCCCGGACGCACAGGAGAAAGAUGUCCUGAAGAUUGUGGGAAAUCUCCUCUACUAUCGGUAUCUCAACUCCGCGAUCGUCGCCCCCGACGCCUUCGACAUCAUCACUGUCGGCGCAGAUAAAGCUUUAACCAAUGACCAGAGGAGGAAUCUGGGAUCCAUUGCGAAAAUCCUUCAGUUUGCUGCAUCUAAUAAAGGGUUCGGAGGAGAGAGUUCGUACUUGGCCAGUAUGAACGACUACAUCAGGGUGGCCCACGAUAAGUUCAAGAAGUACUGCCUGGCUGCUUGUGACGUGGAGGAGCCGGAGGUCAAGUUCAACAUCGACCAGUACACGGAUGUCACUAUGAUCACCAAACCAGUUGUCUACAUCUCGGUGCAGGAGAUUGUGGACACACAUCAGCUGCUGCUUCAGCAUCAGGACGCCAUCGCACCAGAGCAUCAGGAUGCGCUCCAUGAACUCUUGGAGGAUCUAGGGGAGGUGCCCACCAUCGAUGAGCUGCUAGGGACAGAGUUGACGGGAGAUGAAACCACGAACGAUGACCUACGCGCCCAGCUGUCCAAGACAGAGUUGUCCAUGACGUUGUCCAGCAAGUUUGACGUUCAGCACGACGACCAGGCAGACAUGAAGACUCUCAUGAUCAGGACAAAGCGCAUGAUAGUUGAUGUGAUAGCGUGUCAGCCGGGAGACGAUCUCAUCCAGGUGCUCGACAUCCCGUCCAGUGAAACACAGGAAGAAAUCCACCAGGCGCUAGUGAAGAAGCGUGAAAUGAUUGAUCGCAGGAUGACGGAGAAGAAGGAGAAGGGGAAGCUGGUCCGUCACGCCUCCAUCCUCGGAGACACCAGGUUGCCGCUGGAGAACAUGAAGGCCAAGAUCAAGAAGAAUUUACAGACUCUGGAAAUAGCAGGGAUGGUAUCCAAGAAGAGCAAAUACCAGGAACUGACCAACUCCAUUGUGCAGGAUAUUCGUAACCAGAGGCGGUAUCGCAACAACAGGAAGCAGGAGCUGAUGCGUCUCAGGACAACAUGCAAGAGUUUAGCAAACAAACGAUCAUUCUACGAGUCUCAGAUUGACUACUACAACCAGUAUGUGAAGACAUGUCUUGCUAACUUACAACAGAAAGCCAAGAAGCAUAAGAAGCCAGGGUUGUUCCGGAAGCAGGCCGACAACCAGAAGGUCCAUGGGUCGGUGAUGUACAGCGCGGCGAGGCUCUACGAGAAGGGCGUCAUCCUGGAGAUACAGGGACUCCCACAGAAUCAAUUCAAGAAUGUGCUGUUUGAAAUCGGCUCGACAGACAACCCAGGUGUGUUUGAGGUGAACGCCAAAUUCAUGGGCGUCCCAAUGGAUAAAGUGGAACUUGUCUUCCAGGACUUGCUGCAGCUGCAGUACGAGGGCGUUGCCGUCAUGGUGAUGUUCAGCAAGGCCAAGAUCAACGUCAACCUCCUCAUCUUCCUCAUCAACAGGAAGUUCUACGGCAAACAGUUGGGAAAAUAGUUGCACAAACAUGCUACAUGUAAAAACUCAUUCAACAUAAACAAACCUUAUUUCAUUGUGAUCAUCUCUUGGAGUUCCAACCUGGAGGAAACCAUUCGACGCUACACACGAUUAUAGAAAUGUUGAUUUGUGAUAGUGGAGUAUUUGGAAGGUAAACAAGCCUGUUUCCUCAAGCAGAACUAAGUGUAAAAAAAAACAAUGUCUUUCAUACCAAGAAACAGGAGCUGUGUCACCAGUGUCGAGGAAAAAUGAUUGUGUCUUCAUCAGGCAAAUUUAUAAGGAGUGGCUGGAGCAGUUUAAGAGGUGGCGUUACUGAUGUUUCUGUAUAAUAUUAUGCCACGUAUCGAGCCUCAUAUUGUAUAUCUUGUCCUAUUUUCUCUUCUGACUUGCCAGAUCCAUUACACUGAUGGUUUGUUAUCAUACAUUUGUUAGAUCUGUUGAUAUAUUGCACAAAAUGUAGAUACCUAUUAUCUCCCAAUUGUACUGCUAUAACAUAUAUGUAUCCAUAUAUAUUCCUACACUUUUAUGGCCUGCUAAAUUAUGAAAUCGAUAUUGGUAGUUUCAAAACACUGCUUUUAUUAUUAACUUGUUUAUAUGACAAGUGUCCCCAUUUUGUAUAUUAUGUAUCUAGUGCAAUACUUCCUUUCAACUGUCAACAAUCUGUUAAGAGUUAUCUCCCCUGACUGCUAACAUGACCAGAGGUCAGGUAGUGCUGCUUUCUGUUAGAGUUAUCUCCCCUGUUCUCAGCAGUCAAAAUGGCGUCAUGCUGUACAUAAGCAGGCCAACUCGUCAACCAUGGUGGUCUGUGGGAGUGUCUGUCACUAAUUCUCCAUUCUCAACCUUCUGUCCUAUCUCUAUACACUGCUUUUGGCAUCACAUAUUCACACUCAAACACUACACCACUUUCAUACGAAGAUCAAUGAGGUUGGUCUAGAGUUGAAAUUGCUAUUUCCUGAGCUGAAUAUAUAUCGCCAUCUUGUUAAUGUGCAUUAUGGAACUGAAGUCUACACUGUUGAUGUAUAUGGAUACAACGUGUGAUCCAAGAGCAGGACUAUCUCUGGAUCUGAUUUUACGUCCUUUUGCGAUGUUUUACAUGUCUGUGUUGAAUCUCCUAUUCUAGUGCUUUAAGUAUUUUAGAACAAAUGGGACCAAGAUUUUACACCAUUUUUUCCAAAUUGAUAUAUUUUGGAUGUAUAUUUUGAUAACCAAUUUAGAUUGUAUUGUGAUUUGGAAUGGGACCAAGCGAAAAAUUUAAUUAUGACAAUUUCCAAUGCAGCUUUAUAAGCUUGACUUGUUCCUUGAAGGGCAUAAUGUUACUGUUUGUUUUGUUAACUCUGUUUGAAGUCAAGCUCUUUGUUAUUUUCUUGAAUGAAGGAUCUUUGCCUUGCAGUAGGUAAUGCUAUGUUUUGAUGUGUGGUUCCCCUUUCUUGCCACUGUUAUGGAGGAUCUAGUGGGUGAUUGGCAUAAUACAGAAACAUUCUUACCGUUGAAAACUUUCAAAACAACUACAAAUUGUUAACGGUAUGUCACACUAAUUCAAUUAUUUAUGGAGCUUUAAAAAAAUAAAAAAUUGAUUCUUAGUCAUCCUGUAAGAAACAUUUUGUCAUGUCUUCUGUGUUUAGAUCCCUCAAAAAUGAAUCCUUACUUGUGAGGAACAUGCUUUUCAUACUAAAACAGCCACUGGGCUGCAAACAUUCAUUCUCAAAAUUCAAUGUCUGAGAACCAAUUGUUUUUGUUUUUUGAGUUUGAAGCAGUUGUACAUACGACACAUGGUGCUACUAGACUAGUGGGUCUGUUUUCCAGGAGUCCGUUGCUGGCUUGACCAGCGAAGUGUACUGAAAGUGCAUAGAAAGCCUUGUCCCUACUGCAGCUGUUUGUGCACCCCGACACCACGACUGCCUUUGUGUGUAUAUAAGCCACACAGGAUCUGUAUCGGUCUCCACAGUCCUGGAAUCUCAGCUGGUUGUAUGGCGCUAGUUCAUUGCUGGCUGGCUGGCUGGCAGCACCAGAGCAACCUAGAUCUCUGUAUUUCAUGCAUUUUCUGUGUAGUCACUACAUUUAUAUUAAGCCUAUAUGUUAUUUUAGGAAAGUGUAGGCUGUUUAAGCAUUGGAAAGUUUAUUGGCUCUUUUGUAAUUUAUCGGUUAUGUAAACUUGAUUUGUGCUUAUAUUUUAUAGCUUACUUGUCAUUGUGUAUACAACGGACCAGAGUUCGGGACGCAAAGAUGGAAGGACCAACACUUGAACUUAUGUCUAAUGUCUACUAAUUUUAAGAACAUUUGCUAUUAGCAGAUUUUAGAAAUUUGUUUUAUAUUUCCUUGUCCAAUGUUAUUUCAUUAAGCAAUACAGUCAAAUGGAAUUUUCAAA